UCUGUGUGUGCACUUUAAAAAUGCAGCAACUAGUAUUCAUUAUUGUCUACUGUAUUUGCUUUAUGUCCGCAUGUCAAAUUACAAUAUCUGGUGGGAAGGACAGUUUAGAUGUUGUUAAAGGGUACGAAAGGCUGGAAUCUAAGGUUGAUACCCUGAUAGCAAAGCUUGAUCGCAGUCUUCAAAUACCCAAUGUUAAAGACUUAAAAAAACACCAUAGUGUAAUUAAGAACGUUGCUCUGAAGAAAAGAACCCAACAAAGUUCCUGGUAUGCUAAGACACGUACCUUGUUAAAUAAUAUAUGCUGUGCAACUGACUAUGCAAAUGACGGAAAUCCAAACACAUUUUCACAUACUGACUAUGAGAACUUGCCAUACUGGUGGGUAGAUCUUGGACAUGUGUAUGAUAUAAAGCGGAUUGAAAUUAUAAACCGAAUACAAGGUAGUAACGGUGACCGUCUUCAUGACGUAGAUAUCACAGUUGGGCGAUCCUUGAAAGAAAUGUCCUUAUGUGCACACUAUAAAGGUCCAGGAAAAACUGGGGAGCAUCUUGUUUUCCGAUGUAACAGGCAAAUGAGUGGCCGUUAUGUCAAAGUGACCAUUAAAGGCAAGGAAUACCUGCAGUUGGGAGAAGUGAUGGUGUUUGCGCCUGAAAUAUCAGAAUAAUUUAUAUAAAUUAAACUCUGAAAUGCUGA